GCUAAUGUCGAACUGAAUGUGGACUCGGUGGUUGUGUCUCUUCCUCCGGAUGCCAUCAUUUCUGAUGGCAUUCUUCAGGAUUUGACUUUCAACCUGGACUUCAUCCCAUCCCCUGGCUCGGCUGCGCCAGUCAACAGUGCCGGAUUGGACCGCUACGAGGUCAAAGGUUUCCUCUCUGUUGAUGCGUCUGGAUCUGUCCAAGUCGCCACAGAGGUCGUAACUCUGACCCCAGCUCAGGACUCCAUGGACGUUGCUGACAGCGUAGUCUCAACAUUCCUUGACCUGACUGUGACCCUUGACCUGACAGGAGUCAGCUGUGCAGGGGGAAUCUAUACCCAUUUCUGUGCAGAACUUCAGCCAUCUGUUGAAGCAUCUAAAAUCUGGAAGCAAUCUGACAGUGCCGUAACAAUCGGUUGCUUCCCCAUCUGCUGUGCUGAAUCUGUUGAUGUCAACCUUGAUGGUCUGACCAUCGACUGGCCAACUAGUCUCAUUAUCCAUGACGGUGGGGUCGCCAACAUAUUCCUGUGUAUCUACCUGAGCACCACACAGGCCGCGGACGUCAUCAAUGCCAUUCCCAAUGGGGUUGACCGCUAUGAAAUCACCACAUGGCUGGCUCAAGACUCGGCGGGUAACGGGGCGGUGGCCACCACCAAGGCGCAAAUUCUGGAGAAGUUCCAACUGCAAGAACUGACCAAUGGUGUGCAGUUCAUGCUUGCCGAGGUUGAUGUUGAGUUCGACUUAACGUACAUCGACUGUCACGAGAUCCACAUCUGGGAUGUGUGUAUCGACAUCCAGCCCGCACCUCCAGCACGAUGUUACUGGAAUCAACUCCCUACUGCAAUCAACCAAAUAUGUACACCAAUCUACUGUGUCCGUAAGUGCCAACAUGAUGCCUGUGGAAAUUGGGUCAAAAGGAAAAAUAUGGUAGUUAUGUGGACGAACUUUCUUUCUGCUCAUAUUUCAGCCAAUGUUGAACUCAAUGUUAACGUGCUGGACAUCACCACGCCGCAAUACGUUGUUGACGGUGGUGUCACAUCUUUGACAUUUGACCUGAAAUUCACCCCUACAACUGGGUCAUCACCUCCAGUAAACAAUGCCGGUGAUGAUCGCUACCUUGUGAUGGUUUACUUAGCACAGAAUCUACACGGAGAUUACCCUGCCGCAUUUGCUGAGGCAGUUCUGACUCCAGCCCAGAAGAAACUGGACAUCACUGACAAUGUCCAGUCUGUGUUUGCGUCACUGACCGUCAACCUCGACCUCACUGGUGUGGACUGCUCUACGGCCAAGUAUAAGUACAUUUGCGCCAAUCUGCUGCCCUCCAUAGCCGCCAACAGGAAAUGGGCUCAGUCUUCCGAAGCCAUCAUUACUGCCUGUGCAAGUGUGCCCUGUGUCUCGUGUCACGAUGAAUACCAGACGUACGGUGAUGGUGUAUGGCAUUUCAUCUUCGGUCAUCUCCAGACAAGUCACAUCACCUUUGCGGUGAGAGCCAGCAGCUAUGCCCACGUGGGCCUAUCUGCCGAAAACAAACAUCUGCCAGUUAUGUACGAGAUCAUCUUUGGUGGCUACAGCAAUAGCAUGGUGCUCCUGAGGAGAAAGACGGAUGGUGAUUUUGUCGCUUCGGCCGCGCUGGCUGGUGUCCUGUCUCAACACGAGUAUCGCACAUUUUGGAUUUGGUGGCACCAUGCCACAAUCAUCGUUGGCAUUGGCAGUUCGCACGAACCCAUCCUGACCUACACUGACCCUGAUCAGCUGUGGAUCAAGUACUUUGGUUUUGCUACUUCCUACCAAAGCAUUGGUUACUGGCAUUUCUGCAAUGUUGAGUAUGGCGGCCUUCCUCCACAUAUCGUCUACCCUCCAAUUUCAGACUGUGAUGUGUAUGUCCCCACGCACACCUAUGGCAGUGAUCCGUACCAGUACAUAUGGAAUACAGGCCUUCUUCAAAGCCAUACAAUUCACUUUCAGGUCUAUGCAUACUCCAACGUCUACAUUGCCCUGUCUGCUGAGAACAACAACCUACCUGACAUGUAUGAGAUCAUUAUUGGAUCCUCACAUGGUGUUGGGGUGUCAAUCGCCCGCUGCGCUGGCUGUAGCCCUGUGGCGUAUGCCGCUCAUCCAUGGGUCUUGAAUUUCUACUCCUUCACCAGUUUCUACGUGAGCGUCUCUCCAGAUGGCACCAUCACUAUCAGCUAUACCAGUGCCCAGUACAUCUUACUGACCUGGCAGGAUCCUAAUCCUCUACCAGUCUCUUACUGCGGAUAUUGCACUGGAGGCCAACAUAACGUUGGACUCUGGCGGUUCUGUGGAAUCGAUUCUCUCCUCCCAUGAAAGAAUUGAUACCCACACGUUUGGUGUUCCAGAGAUUCAAGCAUCAUGACUACAUUAAUUGGAAUAGUAACCAUAGAAUGACAUACUAAACUGAAACAUGAAUAUUAUCUCUCCAAUAAACAUAACUGACGACAUAUGUGGACACGGUGACUGAAAAAAACUGGCAGAUUUUCAGGCUCUUUUUAUCAGCUAUUGUGCUACCCUGCAUGUAGAGGAAUCACACCUCAUGUUUCAGUACUGUUCAAAUAAUGGAUAGUAUAAUUGAAUAAUUGAGACAAUUUAAUUUCAUCACUGACGAGCCUGCAAAACAGUACACAUGCUGAAAAUGGAGGGAAGACUGACUUGUUCUAUGGUGUGUCACCAGGAGUUACAGUAAGCUUCACUUAUUUUCUUCUUUGAAAAGCAGAUGAUGAUGUUAAGUCAAUGGUUUAGAAAUAUUGAGCGCUUAAUAAAUGUGUGAUCAGGCAAAUGAGAAUUUGUGCUCGUGUUGCUUGAAUUUUGAAUGAUGUGUCAUUAGUUUUUGCAUUAGGUCCGUUGCAAUGCCUAAACCAAGCUGAAAAGAGGGCUCACAUUUUAAAA